UUCUUAAACAUUUUUUAAGAUUAUAUGUUAAUAGCUGUUUUUUGACAUUAAAUAAAACAUUUAGUUUGUUUUUUUUAUCGUACUUUAGUAAAUAAACUGAUAUAUUUUGAAUUGUGGCGUUUAAAUGAAAAUGAGUAAUACUUUUAUCAAAUAAAUUAUUAUUGAUACUGAUAAUGUGCUUUUGUCAAUGGUUGGAGGAGUAGAGAGGGGAUCCCAGGGGCCAGUGACGAGUAUUUAUUUUUUACAUUCGUACCUAUUCUAAAUUUCUUCUUUCAUUUCCACGAGAAAACUACCAUCUGUUACCAGCAAAACGAUUUCAUAUACACCUAUGAAUGGAAGGUGACCAAUUAGAUUUUGAAGACCCUUCUACAUCGUGUCUUGAUAGGACUGACUCCACCAGUCAAAGUCCAGCAAUGUGUCCAGUUGUUUUAGAAGCAGCUGAACAAGAAUUAAUAGCAGAAGAAUCAGCUCCUGCUACAGAUUCAGAUGAAAUAGGUUUGGCUAAUACUCAUAGUAGCAAUGGUUACCUCAACCUUAUUUCUAAUGAUACUUGUACCGACCAUGACAUUUCUUCUGAUGAAAGUCCUCUUCAUGGUGAUGAUUGGGGUGAUGAAGAUGAAAAUUGGACUGACCAUAGUGAAAAUAAUGAAGCAUCUUGUACUAAAGAAAUUAUAAGAAAAAGAAAAAUAUCAAGUUCUACUUUGGCAUCUGAAGAUUUUCCGUCCAAAAAGCAAUAUUAUGAUCAAAAUAAUUGUACACUUGAAAGACUGACACCAAAAAUGGUAGAAAAUGAACUACCUAAUGACAAGGUAAAAGUACGCCGUAGUUGUAUUCCGUCCAAAGAUGAUCCUCCCGAAGAAAUGAUGGAUUGGUUAAAAACAUUUUCAAGAUGGUCGAAUGCUGAAAGAAUGUUAGCUAUAGACAUGUUAGUUGAUGAAUGUGAACCUACUCAAGUGCGACACAUGUUACAAUUGAUUGAGCCACAAUUUCAAAGGGAUUUCAUUUCUUUACUUCCUAAAGAAUUAGCGUUAUAUGUUUUGUCAUUCUUGGAACCUAAAGAUCUAUUAAAAGCUGCCCAAACUUGUCGAAGUUGGCGAUUUUUAUCUGAAGAUAAUUUAUUAUGGCGAGAAAAAUGCCUAAAAGCUGGUAUUACAUUGAUGGAACCACCAGUAAACAAACGUUCUAGAAGUCGUUAUGCAAUUACAUCACCUUGGAAAGCUUCAUACAUGAGACAACAUUCAAUUGAAAUGAACUGGAGGGUCAAACCAAUUAAAAUGCCAAUAAUACUUAAAGGACAUGAUGACCAUGUUAUUACAUGCCUACAAUUUUGUGGUAACAGAGUUGUAAGUGGAUCUGAUGACAAUACACUUAAAGUAUGGUCAGUGUCAUCGGGGAAAUGCUUAAAAGUUUUAACUGGUCAUACUGGAGGAGUAUGGUCUUCUCAAAUGGCUGGCAAUAUAAUUAUAAGCGGUUCUACAGAUCGAACCCUAAAAGUAUGGAAUGCUGAAACUGGCCAAUGUAUACAUACCUUAUAUGGACAUACUUCAACUGUCCGCUGUAUGCAUUUACAUGAAAACAAAGUUGUAAGUGGUUCUAGAGAUGCUUCAUUACGUCUUUGGGAUGUUAAGACUGGUGAAUGUUUAUCUAUAUUUCUUGGUCAUUUAGCCGCAGUACGCUGUGUUCAAUAUGAUGGCCGACUAAUAGUUAGUGGUGCUUACGACUAUUUAGUCAAAGUGUGGGAUGUAGAUAGUGAAACUUGUUUGCAUACACUAUCUGGUCAUACAAAUCGUGUAUAUUCAUUACAAUUUGAUAGUACUCAUGUUGUAAGUGGAUCAUUAGAUACUAGUAUUAGAGUAUGGGAUGUUGAGACUGGUACUUGUAAGCAUACUUUAAUGGGGCAUCAAUCAUUAACUUCUGGUAUGGAAUUAAGAGACAAUAUUUUAGUCUCUGGAAAUGCAGACUCUACUGUAAAAGUAUGGGAUAUAAUUUCCGGACAAUGUUUACAAACUUUAUCAGGUCCAAAUAAACACAAUUCUGCCGUUACGUGCCUCCAAUUUAAUUCAAGAUUUGUGAUAACAUCGUCAGAUGACGGAACAGUAAAAUUAUGGGAUGUCAAAACUGGUGAAUUUAUUAGAAAUUUAAUAGCCCUAGAAAGUGGUGGAAGUGGUGGAGUUGUAUGGCGUAUUAGAGCAAAUGAAACCAAACUCGUGUGUGCAGUAGGCAGUCGAAAUGGUACUGAAGAAACCAAAUUAUUUGUAUUAGAUUUUGACGCUGACCUCAAGUAACAAAAAAAGAAUAAAAAUCAAAAACUUGAUUGUUUGCAUCACAUUUUUUAUAUUUGGUUAAGGAGAGUUAUGAAUAUUUGGGACUGUUAUACUUAAGAUUAAAAAAGUGUCCUCUCAUGUUUAUUAGUUAUUAAAAUAUUUAGUGUUAUUGUAUAUCAUUCAGUAUUAUGCUCUUUGUUGUUAGUGAUACUACAAAGGAAAGAUGUGUAAGUUUAAAUGCAAUCUAAUAACUCAAAAAAAAAUGUUGGUUAUGACUCAUAUGUAUUAUUUUUAAAAGUAAACUUAAAUUUGGUGAAAAAGUUAUCAAUUUACACUUAACUAUUAUUGGCUUUAUUUUAAUCAAUUACAUAUUAUUGAUGACAGUAAGUGGCAACUGGCUGAUAAAUUUUGUCGUUCAUAAAUUGUUUUAUAGUGCAAA